CCCACAACCUCAGUCCUGUCCUCGCUCCCCAAGUGUCUCCACAACAUGGGGGUUUGGGGUUUUAUUGCUGGGGCUGUUUUUCUGCUCCUGAUCUUGGCCGUCAUAGGUUUCCUUCUGGUCUGUGGAUAUAUCUACUACCUCCACUUAAAAUAUGACCACAUCCCUGGACCCCCCAGAGACAGCCUUUUACUGGGACACUUGCCAUCACUGAUGAAGAUGAUGAGGAAUAGCGAGAUAAUUUAUGACUCCUUCUUUGAAUGGAUAGAGAGGUACGGUCCGGUAAUACGUCUCAAUGCAUUGCACAAGGUGAUGAUCUUUGUUGUCAGCCCAGAAGGAGUUAAGGAAUUUUUGUUAUCACCAAAAUAUACCAAAGAUGAUUUCUAUGAUAUUCUGCACAACCUGUUCGGAGCGAGAUUUAUGGGAAGAAGUUUGCUCGCAGCUCAGAACUAUGACCACUGGCACAAACAAAGGAGGAUUAUGGAUCCUGCAUUCAAAAAAGCCAACUUACUAGAGUCAUUGGGAAUUUUUGAUGAAAAAGCAGAGGAAUUGAUGGACAGACUAACAGAAAAGGCCGACUGGAAAAGCCAGGUUGGGAUGCACAAUAUGAUGAAUAGAGUCACACUGGACGUCAUAGCCAAGGUGGCCUUUGACAUGGAUCUGAAUUCUGUUCAGGAUGAUCAAACUCCAUUUCCAAAAACUAUUUCAACGGUUAUGAGAGGAAUGGUGGAGGCACGAGAUCCAUUAUCAUUGUUUUAUCCAUCCAACCAAUCCUUCAUCAAAGAAGUGAAAAAGAGUCUCCAAUUUCUGAGAGAAACAGGAAAAGAAUGUAUUGAGCGAAGGGUCAAGGCAAUUCAAGAUGGAGAAGACGUUCCUAAAGAUAUCCUCACGCAGAUCCUUAAAGGAUCCGAUGUAGAAGAAGGCUGCACGAUGGAGGAUCUAAUAGAUAAUUUUGUGACUUUCUUCAUUGCAGGACAAGAAACAACAGCCAACCAAUUAAGUUUUUGUUUGAUGGAAUUAGCACGGAACCCAGAGGUUCUAGCUCGGCUCCAGGUUGAAGUGGACGAAGUUAUUGGCUCCAAAAGAGACAUUGUAUAUGAAGAUCUUCGGAAACUGAAAUAUCUGUCCCAGGUUUUAAAGGAAACCUUGAGGUUGUACCCAACUGCUCCAGGAACAUCGCGGUGGUCGGAAAGCGAUAUUGUCAUCGAAGGACAUAUGAUUCCUCGCGGGUCACAUGUAAUGUUCAAUACAUACAUCAUGAGUCGGAUGGAGAAAUACUUUCCAGACCCCUUGGUCUUCAACCCGGAUAGAUUCCACCCUGAUGUUCCCAGGCCUGCCCAUGUCUACUUUCCAUUUUCUCUUGGACCACGAACAUGUAUUGGACAAGCAUUUGCUCAGAUGGAGGCCAAGGUCGUCAUUGCCAAAUUCGUGCAGAGGUUUGAAUUUGAGCUGGUGGAAGGACAGAGCUUCAGGAUCUUGGACACCGGGACCCUGCGCCCAUUGGACGGUGUGAUCUGCAGACUGAGACCUCGAGCAGAGCGCAAAACAUUGAAGAAAUAACUACAGCAACUUUCCUCUCAAAAGAACACUUUGAGUAGUGCUCAUCCACCUUAGUGUAGAAAGACUAUACUUUUCUUUCCAAGUUCGAGCUCAUGCAUGGUCUCUGGGGUCUGGAGGUGUUCUUCCCUGGACUACACAGCUUGAUCUAUUAUUUACAUACAAGUAACGCCUCAUUCAGCCGUAGCGUUUUGCCGAUCUGCAAUUUGUGGACCGCACAUGGCCGCAACCAUAAUAGAAAAUGCCUAUUCUUUUCCGCCAUUGCGGACAAGAAUAGGACAUGCUCUGUCCUUUCCGCGGAGCCGCAGAAUGGAACCACGAAUGUGGACAGCACACAGUCUGCUUCCGCAUCUUUUGCGGCCCCAUUGAAAUGAAUGGGCCCGCAACUAUUCUGCAAAAUUGCGGAACGGAUGCGGACCAUUCAUACGGCCGUCUGAAUAAGCCCUAAAUGUUGUAUAUGAUGCCUCAUAUUUAGGUUUGCUUCCCUGUUUAUAUCCACAAUUGCUUUGUAUUUACGAUUCAGUGCGUGCACCAAAAUUACAGGGCCCCCACAGCAAAAUUUAAAAUGGACCCCCACUGCACUGAGCCAUCUGCCAAAUGUCAUCAAUUAAAUGAUAAAAGUUUGACUGCCUAAAGGAAGUAGCUCAGCCCUCGGUUUAGAAACAAAAACCUAUGAAGAUUGAAACGGGCUGACUGCCAAGCUACCAUUAGCGCAAGCUCACAACCUAUAUAUUUAUAAAGCCACCACUAGGGGGAGCUCAUGACCUAUAUAUUUAUAAAGCCACCACUAGGGGGAGCUCAUGACCUAUAUAUUUAUAAAGCCAC